AUGGUACGCUCUUGCUGUGUUGUCAAAUGUUCAAAUCGUGAUGAUACGAAAGGAAAACAGAGAGGUCUACACUUUUUCAGAUUUCCCAAAGAUGGUCGAAAAUGUCGUGCUUGGAUAAAGACAAUAAACAGAGAUGAUUUUGUGCCCAUUGAACACACCUGUGUAUACUCAGAGCAUUUUGUGAGUGGAUGGCACAGUGAUGACCCGGAAGAUGUGGAUUAUGCUCCAACUAUUUUUUAGUACAAAAUGAAGAGAGUUAAUCCAGAGAGAGAAGAGAAAUAAGC